UAAACAUUAGUGUAUCAAGCCCUUGAUUGUAAGCACACCGGCUCUUUCACAUCAAUGGCAAUGAAAUCUAUUACCUUAAUCACCGUUUUGGUCGUCGUUUUAGCAGCAACACAAGCAAAAGCCCAACGACUCCCUGCAAUUCGUUUGUUUAACAUCACUGGAAAUGUAUUUUGUUCUGUGAAUGGCAGUAUUGCAGUUAACGGCACUGGCAUAAUCCCCCCUCCCUUCCCAAAUGCUCUAGUUCAACUGUCAUGUAACGGAAUUCUGAGAGGCUUAGCGAUAACAAACCGAGCGGGAACAUUCAACAUCGUUGUGAGUCCGAUUCAAGUUUCGCUCAACAACCUUUUAUCAUCUUGUAGGCUGGUUGUUGCUACACCGCUCUCCAAUUGUAACGUAACACUACCUUCAAAUGGAACUCUACAAGCCCCAAUACAACUCGCGGGGACAACAGUGAUUGGGCUUUUGAUUAACAUCACACAAUUCGUCGCGGGGGUAUUCCGACUUAUUGGAGCUCAGUGAUUCCAAAUUGCAUCUAUAUACUUACUAUAUGAAUAAAGGAAGAUGUUGACUUCUCUAAUAUCUUUCCAUUUCUAAUGUUUGUCAAUAUGUCUUAAGUAACAUGAUAUACCUAUAUAUUGAAUAAAUGAAGGAAGAUAUUGAUUAGUAUUAA